CUGCAAUAGCUUGUUAACACUGCGAAUCACUUCACAGAAUAGUUCACGUACGUUAACGAUGGACAUGGCGCUUACCUAUCUACUUUCCCUCAUCGUAGGGUUAUUGGUCUGGCUACUUUACCAGAAAUGGUCGAGCUAUCGGAAACGCCCUUUACCCCCAGGACCCUCUGGUGUGAGGGUAUUCUCGGAGAUAAUCAGCGCCCUUCAGUCGCAGAGAGUCCACCUGUCGGCGGUAAAAUGGGCCAAGGAGCACGGCGACAUGUUUUCCGUGAAUGCCAUCGGGAAGACCAUGGUGUUCUUGAACACAUCUGAACUGGUCCGAGAAGUGAUGAACGGUGCGGACUUCAAAGCAGUCACCAACGACAGACCCGAGACCUUCUUCGGUAAAUACGUGGCCAACAACUACAGUAACAUCACAGAGUUCGUGACGUACGACAGCACGUUGGUGUAUUUCAGGAAAAUGUUUCACAACUCUCUGAAACUGUACGGGGACGGUGUUCACAGUUUUGAAGCAUUGGCAUUGGAAGAGCUUCAGAACGUUGCCCACAUUCUGAGUACGUCUUCCGGAAACGUGGACAUGGAAACAGUGUUUUCGGAGUCACUUUUACGUGUAAUUCAUAUUCUGAUAACUGGCGAUAGUGCCCACAGGGAGACGAACAUCAUCGAUGACAUGAAGAACUACAACUUGUGGGGUAAUCGCCUGAACGGCUUCGACGUCCAGACGGUGCUUGCUACCAUCCCCGUGCUGCGGCAUUUCCCUAUCAAACAUGGCCGCAUCUGGCAGAACGCUGUCAAGUAUAGGGACGCCGUGGCUCAAGUAUUUGUCAAGGAUCGGAAGAAGCGAAACACCCUCGGGGAAGAUCGGGGUGGGGUGGUGUCCGUGUUGCUGGAGGAACAGAGACGGAAGGAGGAGCAGCAGCAGCAGCAGCAGGCAGGUGCCCGGGGACUCACGGACGACCAGAUAUCAGCCAUCACACUCGACAUGAGUGCAGCAGCAUACCUGACUUCGAAAGGGGCUCUCGUCGGCAUGUUCCUGUCGUUUCUGCAUUACCCACAUAUUCAGGAACGGAUAUAUAACGAGAUCGAGGCUAAGAUAGGAACUCGUAACCCUGUUAUUGAGGACCGCUCCAGUCUUCCUUACACCGAAGCAACCAUUCUAGAGCUCCUGAGGUACAUCAGUCAUGCAGUGCUGGGAGUUCCACACAGUUGUAGAAAGGACAUCGAAGUAAGAGGGUUCACCAUUCCAAAGAAUGCUAUGGUGGUCUCCAACCUGUGGUACAUCCACCACGACGAGGCUGUGUGGGGAGACCCGUGGAAGUUCCGUCCGGAGAGGUUCCUCCGAGAUGACGGGACACUCCUCGGCGGGGAACACCCCCUCAGGCGGAAUCUACUUCCGUUUGGGACCGGAAGACGUCAGUGUCCUGGCGAAACUCUUGCGAGGUCAAGGCUGUUCCUGUACGUCACGUUCCUGUUACAGCGUUUCGUGUUUCUGCCACCAGAGGGCGAGACGCUUCCGCCUUUCGACCCGAGUCUCUGGAACCCUGGCAUCAUCAUACAACCGCUGAAGUUCACCUGUAGAGUUUCUUGUCGCCUACAGAAGUGAUGCAAGCGCUUCUUUCUCAGAGACUCUUAUUCGAAGUGAUGAGUUUGAUCGGUCAUCCCACGCACGUGUUAAUUCAAUUGUACUUGUAUGCUUUCAGAACCCACGAAUACAUGCAUGGGGUUCAUGGGAUUUAUUAAGUCUGUCGUUCCUCAAGUAUGAAGAUCCCAACACAACAAGGUGUCAUGUUGAUGAGGAUGAAAAUACCAAAAAAAUAUAAAUAAGGUUAAAUUAGUGGUAUUCAGUUACAAGAAUCUGUUUGUCAUAGUUUACAUGCUUGAUGAAGUUGCAUGCUAGUAUCUACAUCUAGCUAUCAUCCACACAAGUGGCGAAUCCAAGGGGAGGGUGCAGGUCGUGUUCUAGGUGUGGCCACACCCCUUUUUUGAAAUGUGAAUGUGAAAAAAAAAAUGUUACCUACCAUGAUAACGUGUUCAUUUGGUUUACGUAAAAUAAAAAAUGGU